AUGGCAUUGUCCGAAUUUACCUUUCAAUACGUGGCUCAGAAAUUGGUCAAGGGUCAGGCUUUGGCCGAUUUUCUGGCUCAUCACCCGGCCCAGGGACAAGAGGAGGAGUUGGAGGUCGAGAUCGGUAUGGCCCGCAUGGAAAAGAAUUUUUGGACCAUGUACUUUGACGGCUCCAGCACCGAGGCCAGGUCAGGAGCUGGAGUUGUAAUUGAAUCUCCCCAAGGGCAGAAGUGGCAGUUCGCUUUCCAACUCGAUUUCAAAUGCACUAAUAAUCAGGCUGAGUACGAAGCGCUCAUCAUUGGUCUCGAGAUUUUGAAAGAAAUGAAGGCAACCCGUGUUUUGGUCUACGGCGACUCUCAGCUGGUGAUUAACCAGUUAACUGGGGAAUACCAAUGCACGAGCGAGAAUUUGGCCGUGUAUUAUGUGACGGCCCUCAACACGGCCGAUUGUUUUUCUAGAAUCUCCUUUGUUCAUAUACCGCGCACCGAAAACGGCGAGGCCAAUGAGAUGGCCCAGGUAGCUUCUGGCGUGAACAUCCCGAGCACCGGCCAUGAUCGCAUGAUAAGAAUCGAGAGGCGUACCUUGCCAGCCUUGGCCGAACGAGGAAUGACAACGCAAGUGUUUUCGGCCGAUAUCACCGACGAGAUCGACACGGCCGAAGCCGACUGGCUCUACCCCAUAGUGAGGUAUCGGCAUAACCCUUCUGGCAGCCAUGAAAGGACUACACGGUUCCAAGCUCGGUGUUAUUUAAUUUAUCAGAAUGAGCUGUACCGAAAGGGAUCAGACAGUUUAUUACUACUAUGUCCCAGCCUCGUGGACAUCAAGGUCAUCAUGAGUGAAUCUCACGAGGGGAUUUGUGGUGCUCACCAGUCUGGGGUCAAGAUGAGGUGGUUGGUUAGGAGACACGGCUAUUACUGGCCGACCAUUUUGAAAGAUUGCAUAGAGUAUGCAAAGGGAUGCAUCAAGUGUCAAAUCUACGGCCCCAUACAAAGGGUACCGGCCGAAGCCUUUCACCCGGUUACCAAACCGUGGCCUUUCAGAGGGUGGGCCGUGGAUAUCAUCGGCAAUGUCCAUCCGGCCGCAUUCAACCAACACGCUUGGAUUUUGGUUGCGACCGACUAUUUCACCAAGUGGGUCGAGGCCGAGUCCUAUCGAUCAAUAUCCAGCGCACAGGCACAUAAGCAAAUCGCGGCGAGGGCUUACAACGAAAGGGUUAAGCAAAAAGCUUUCGCCGAGGGCGACCUUGUAUGGCGAGCCGUGCUUCCUAUUGGGACAAAGGACCCUUGGUUCGGUAAAUUUUCGCCCAACUGGGAAGGACCGUUCAUUAUCGAACAAAUUCUUGGCCGAGGUGCAUUUCAGUUAAAAGAUAGAGAUGGGGAACGGCAUAACUUGCCGAUCAACGGCCAAUAUUUGAAGAGAUAUAUCCCGUCAUUAUGGGAGACGGCCGCAGAAAGGUUAUGA